CCGGUUGACCCCGCCAUCCUAUCCGGUGCCCCUCUAUCAAGCCCACGAUGAAGGAAUCUGACCAAAGCCGCUUCGACGCGCUUGUUGAGUGGUCUCGGCGACACAGCGGAUCGUUGCAUCCUUCGCUGGAAAUCUACCAUGACGAUGUGACAAAAUUCUCUCUUCGGGUAAAACCCUCUGUCGGCGGCGGACUCACCGCACCCCACAAGGCAGUCACCUGCCCCGUCUCAACCACACUCUCAUACCUGAACGCCCUGGUUGAUGGUCCUCUCAAUGUCGCAUCACCCUUGAAGCAGCAAGAUGCCGCUUUUCCUGAGCGGUUCAUGCAGUCGUGCCCUCCCCAUGUCAUUGGCCGUUUCUUCCUGAUCAAGGAAUACCUCAAGGGCAAGGACUCUUUCUGGUGGCCAUACAUUGCCACGCUGCCCCAGCCCGAGCAUGUCAAGGACUGGGCGCUGCCGGCAUUCUGGCCGGAAGCCGACAUUGCAAAUCUCGAGGGCACAAACGCCCGCGUGGCCAUCGAGGAGAUCCAAGAAAACGUGUCGCAGGAGUUCAGGCACGCAAGGAGGGCUCUAAAGCAUGGCGAUUACCGGGGCUGGCAGGACUACCACCAGAUUCUGUACAAAUGGGCUUUCUGCAUCUUUACCAGCCGCAGCUUCAGGCCGUCUCUUGUCCUUUCCGAGUCUGCCAAGCAGCAUGUGUCAGGCCUCUUGCCGGAGGGCAGCCAGCUGGACGACUUCUCCAUCCUCCAGCCGGUGUUCGACAUCGCGAACCACUCCAUGACGGCCCGGUACACAUGGGACGUCACCUCGGAUCCCAGCUGCUGCCAGCUCAUCUGUGGGGACUCGUACAAGCCGGGAGACCAGGUGUACAACAACUACGGCCUAAAGACCAACAGCGAGCUGCUCCUGGGAUACGGCUUCAUCCUCCCGGAGACCGAAGAGCUGCACAACGACUACGUCCACGUCAGGAAGCGCCAGCAGCACCAGGACGGCGGUGAUGGUGGUGGUGACGCGCCGAAACCGCAAGACUUCCUGAUCUCCCUCCGCCCCAUCAACCACCCCAGCUCGCUGGUAGGGAGAUCCCGCCCCUCCUCCUCCUCCUCCUUCCCAAGCCGUCUGUCCACCCUGCCCGGCUUCGCGCACUUCGAGCCCGCACUCGUCGAUGACCUCACCUCGGCUCUCGCGACGCCCGAGGAAACUCGGUUGCUACAGCGAUGGAAUGAUAAGGCAUUAUUAUCAUCAUCCACAACCGACCCCGCCGACUCGGCAGCCGCGCCACCGCCGCCGCCUGAACUGGCCGGGUUGGUUGGGCGUGUCAAGGGCAUGCUGGCCGGGAAACUGCAGUAUGACUACCAGCGGCUGGUGGUUGCAGUGCAAGAGGAAGGGGAAGAGGAAGAAAGUGAUGAGGAAGUGGAACGGGAAGCGCGUCCGCCCGCGGCGUCUCGGAAUCAGAUGCUUGCGUUCGAGUACCGCGGGCGGUGCAAGAAUGUGCUGUUGGCUGCGAUGCGGGAUCUGAACGUCGCGCCCUUUGUUCUUGGUGAGGAGUAGUAGUUUAUCAAUGGAGAGAAUCUUUGGAGAGGUCUGAAUGGACGACGGUCCGUUUCAAGAGCACUGAGUGUGCCAUGUGCCAUGCAAGUCUGGACCUGUGAUUGUGGAGAGAGAUUGUUGGGCCUGUACCUUCAGAUGAGGGCACAGCGCUUACGUUCCAACACGCAUGAAGUAGUCGAGUGAGAAUGCAUGAUCCUAGUCAAGGAAGCGUCAGUCAUACAGGAUGGUCAGACAGCUAUGACUUGUCCGCUAAUAGUCGCACAAACAUCAUCAUAUCAUCCUGCUAG